UUAGCACUUAUAGAUGGGCUACCUCUAUGAAACAUUGUCUGAUGUCUUGCAGAUAGUGUGACUCACCUGCUCAUGUGGCUCACUACAGACUGGUUUGCUGCAUAGAUAAAGCAUACUCCACACAGGCUGUAUGCCCCCAGGUUAAUUACCAGAAAUUGCUUUCAAUGAGCAAGACAGCUAAAUAAAACUAGGUCAUACACAAGUAAAAGCUUUCUAGGAGUGUUCCCAGACUUCAAAGAGUAUUUAUUAAUAGUUUAUACUUUGAAAAAUGCACCAGUCAUCAAAAUAUCUGAGAAUUAAAAUGUAUUAAUUAUAUGGUAGAAAAUGCUUCUGCCUGUUUUGCAGAACAAUGUAAUUAGAACACACUAAAAACAGAAACAAAAAAAAACCCCAAAUCAAGCAAUAAAACCACACAACAUAAACAAAAAAAAACCAUCCCCACACUUGGAAACAUCUUUAUCUGUCCAACAAAUACCAACAUACCAAUUUUAAUAUUCUCUCUGGUAUUCUUUUAAUUCAAAAAAUUAAGAGGCUCUGUGUUUUAUUUAUGGGUGUUACCUGUGAAUAAUUGCUUGCUAAAUAAGAUCACAGAGUGCUUACAUACCUGAAUGCUUUCACAGCAAUAAUUCUUUCUCAGUGUAAUAAUUGUUUUUUAAAAGAAAAGGAAUGAUUGUGGGCUUCCUCCUGAUCCUUUCUGAUCCCACUUUGGUCUAAGCAAAUGGAACAUCUGGCUUUUUAAACAGAAGUUGCACAGGAAAUGGUGGUGGGAACCUGACCAAUUUAGUUGUCCAUUGAAUUUAUCAAUGUUGAGAUUAAGCCCUUUAAUUUACUAGCUCCUUUAUUUAAAUAUAAAAGUAAAACUGAACUAUAUCUCCUACUAACAUUUACUUUCUUUCUGUUUCUUCUUCAAUGUUAUUUUUCUGUGUGUGGAUGCUUUUGGCAAAUAAGGCACCUCUGCCACCUCCUAGAAAAGAAAGCUUUCGGAAAGCAAGAGUAACUAAUCACGAGAACGAAAUUAAUCUCCAGGCAGUAACUGCUGGUCCAGCUAAACACCACCUCACAGAUACUGCCUAUUACACUAGCGAGACGUUUGUUCAGGAGACAAUGUCUUCUCAAAUAUCUAACACAAGUGUGUCCUAUGCACAAAAAAUCAUUAAACCACUGACCUCAAUCUCCAGUGCAGACACAAGCACAGUAGCUGGCAUUAGUACUACUCUCCAUCAAGGCCAAAGGCAACAGUCUCAAAAACGUAAGAUAUCUACCCUGAAAUUAACCCGGACACGUGACCCAGCAAGUAGCAUUCCUUGUAAUUCACAGCAACAGCUCAAGCCUGUUGAAGAGCCAUUAUUUUCACAAAGGCCUAUCUCACCUGCCUGUAACCCCAUGCCUGAGAUACACACAGCAUCUCUUUCCGUUCAGAUAGUUCCCACCCCUGACAAUAAAGCAGAGCCUGAAAUCCAAGACCAUCCACCUAGUAUUUCUCCAGACACUUCAAAGAUGUCUUCAAAGGAUUUGGGACAAAAGUCUACAGUUCUUCCUUCUUCACAGGCUCCAGAAUGCCAUGUGCUUGGAAACCAGAAAGUAACUUCCCCUGUGAUGGAGGUAAAUGCUUCACAGACACACAGACAAACAGCAACAGAAGCUUCUCCACUGCCUCUUCCUUCUCCUGUGGUACCAGUUAACAGAGCCUCUUUCUCACCAGACAGCGGCACCCACCUAGUUCCAUACUCUUUGCCAACGCUUGAUGAUUUUUUGCCUUCACGCUUUUACAAAACCCCUGCCCUGUCCCAGUGCCCAUGCCAAUGCCCGUUGGUAGCUCCUGCCAGUGUUGCCCAGAGGAGCGAAGCAGCCUCUGUGAGCACAGACUCUGCCAUGAGCGAGUGCUCCUCCCGCACAGUGAGCGAGUGCUCCACAGCCAUUCUAGAUGAGCUGCAGACCUGUAGCUAUGAUACUACUGACUGCUCUGAAACACCUUCCCCAACCCUGAGCCAGAUGUCUGCUGUGUCAGAUGGCACCACCUUAACCAACACUGCUGCCACUUCUCAUGCUCAGAUCACAGUGAAUGGGAAUUCUGGCACUGCUGCCAGCCCAGUGAGUCACUUCCAAAGGCCUUUUUCCCCUUCUUCAGCUUACCCUCCACCAGCUUCACUCAAUUCCAACAUUGUUAUCAUGCAGCAUGGCAGGAUGAUGGAGUCUACAGAGACAUACUCACAGCAUGUUCAGAAUGUUGGCAGCACCACCACCACCAGUACAAUACCAAUCUGUAGAUCCUCAGAAGAAGAAAAAAAAAUUACAGUAAUUAAAGCUCCACAUUAUGCAGGGAUUGGCCCGGUAGAUGAAUCUGGAAUCCCUACAGCAAUUAGAACGACAGUUGACAGGCCAAAGGAUUGGUACAAGACAAUGUUCAAGCAAAUCCACAUGGUUCAUAAGCCUGAUGACGACACAGACUUGUAUAAUACUGCAUAUGCAUACAAUACUGGUAGCUACAGUCCAUCCUUCUCUGCUCAGGCACACCCAGCUGCAAAGACACAGACGUACAGACCACUGUCCAAAAGUGCUUCUGACAGUAGCUCCGAUGCCUUUAAGGUCUCAUCCCCUUUGCCACCCCAUGUGCCACCACCAGUACCACCACAUCGUAUGAGGCAACGGUCUACACCAGAAAAGAAUGACUGGGAUCCUCCUGACAGAAAGGUAGAUACUCGCAAGUUCCGUUCUGAACCAAGAAGUAUUUUUGAAUAUGAGCCGGGAAAGUCAUCAAUUCUUGAACAUGAAAGACCGGCUUCCUUAUAUCAUCACUAUUCAACAGACAGAGGCCUGGACAGGCCCUCCAGUUCUGCAAGUACUGCGAGUGACUACAGAAAGCGAAGGAAGUCAGAGCCUGCUGUAAGUCACCAGAGGGCACACAGUGAUCAGAACGCCAACAGACCUAACCUGGGCCAUACAGACACACAGGGCUCAUCUUCCACCCUUAGGAAGCCUUUAACUAGCUCAUCUCCUUCUUCUCCAUCAAGAGCAAAAGGUGGGGAUAUUAGCAAAGUAUAUCCAUCCCUUUUAAGUUACUCAGUGCACAACCAGAACACCUCAAAUGAAUUAGAUUACUGUAGCACUUACAGACAACAUUUAGCUGUUCCAAAUGAUUCAAGAAGGGCAGCCAGCUACAAGAAUGGCUGGCAAAUGACUCGCCAAAAUGCAGAAAUCUGGAGUAGCACAGAGGAAGCUGCUUCUCCGAAGAGGAAAUCUCGUAGCUGUGAUGACCUGUUAACAGAUGAUCACAACAGCUAUCCCGAUGCACAGGCCAAGGCUGAAAGCAUGGGCUCUCUGUUAUGUGAGGAGGACUCCAAAGAAAUUUGCUCAAUGAACUGGAACUCCCCAUACGUUGAGCGCCGUGGUAGUGGUAGGUCAAGAGUUCGUCACAGAUCUGCACAUGAUGCUCCAGGUUUCCUGAAGAUGUACAAAAAGAUGCACCGCAUCAAUCGCAAGGACUUGAUGAAUUCUGAGGUGAUUUGUUCUGUCAAGUCCAGAAUACUGCAAUAUGAAAAAGAACAGCACAAAGGGAUUCUUCAAGGCUGGAGAGAGUCUUCUACUGAGGAGGUGCCCAGAGACAUGGUGCCAACCAGAAUAUCUGAAUUUGAAAAGUUAAUUCAGAAGUCAAAAUCAAUGCCGAACCUUGGUGAUGACAUGUUGUCAACUGUUUCAUUAGAGCCUCCUAAAAAUGGCUUGUGUCCAAAGAGGCGAUUUUCUAUUGAAUCACUGCUGGAAGAAGAAACUCCAGUCAGACAUCCCACUCAGGUACAACGGAGCUACAAGUCUAAAACCCUGGUGCCAAUACACAUUGAAGUGACCAGUGAUGAGCCACAACGAUCACAUAUAGAUUUUUCAGACAGCGAUCAAGACGGGGUGGUUUCUGAUCUCAGUGACUUUAUCCAGAUAGAGGGUUCAUCCUUUUGUAGUGAAAGUGACUUUGAUCAUUUUUCCUUCACUUCAUCUGAAAGCUUUUAUGGAUCAGGCCAUCACCACCACCACCAUCACCACCACCAUAGGCAUCUCAUUAGCUCCUGCAAAGGGCGAUGCCCAGCAUCCUAUACCCGCUUCACCACCAUGCUAAAACAUGAAAGGGCUAAGCAAGAAACCACUGAAGAUCCAAGGAGACAGGAAGCAGAAUCUGGCCUGUCUAAGAUAGCAUUCCUCGUCAGUCCAGUGCCUUUCCGGAGGAAAAAAAGUGCAGCUCCUAAAAAACAAACUGAAAAGAAAAAAUGCAAGUCAUCAGUGUUUGAAGCACUAGAUUCUGCACUUAAAGACAUCUGUGACCAAAUAAAAGCUGAAAAAAGGCGGGGAAGCUUGCCUGACAACAGUAUAUUACACAGACUUAUUACUGAGCUGCUUCCAGACAUUCCAGAAAGGAAUUCAUCUCUUAAAGCUCUGAAAAAGAGUCCCACGCACCAGCCUUUUCAUCCACUGCCUCAAGAUGGUGCUAUCCAUUGUCCACUGUACCAGAAUGAUUGUGGAAGAUUACCUCUUAGUGCCUCUUUUCCAGACAUCGAUGCAACUAACAACAAUGAUAGUGCACUGUGUUUCCAAGUAGACCAGGAGUCUCCUGGAAGCUAUUCUGCUUUCACUGAUGUGGGACGAUGUACUCCAAGGGAGAGAAGAGGAACUGCAGAGAAAGAGAAACUGCCAGCUAGAGCUGUAUAUGACUUUAAAGCUCAAACUUCUAAAGAGCUGUCCUUUAAGAAAGGAGAUACUGUCUAUAUCCUCAGGAAAAUUGAUCAAAACUGGUAUGAGGGUGAGCACCAUGGAAGAGUUGGAAUAUUCCCAAUUUCUUAUGUUGAGAAACUUUCUCCCCCAGAAAAAGCACAGCCUGCCAGGCCACCUCCCCCUGCACAGAUUGGAGAGAUUGGAGAAGCUGUUGCCAAAUAUAAUUUCAGCGCAGACACAAAUGUGGAGCUAUCACUUAGAAAGGGAGACAGAGUAAUUCUUCUUAAGCGGGUUGAUCAAAACUGGUAUGAAGGUAAAAUACCAGGAACCAACAAACAAGGCAUCUUCCCUGUCUCCUAUGUAGAAGUCAUCAAAAAGAAUCCAUCAAAAGGUGUUGAUGACUAUCCUGACCCUCCAAUACCCCAAAGCUAUUCUAGUGACAGAAUACAUCAUUUAAGUUCAACUAAGUUGCCUUCCCAAGCACUGACCCCACUUUCCAGACAACUUCCAUCAUCUUGGUCACACAUUGAUCAAAAGAUUCUCCAGGCUGACUGUAGUGACUUGUUCUCAAGGACUGUUGGGUUUUCACCUUCAGGCAUGUGCAACUUGACUUCUCCAUCAGUUCCAGACAGUUUUCUUUGUGACUUAGAAGAACUCAAUUCUUUGGCAUUAGCAACCUCCCAAGCUGUAGCAAUCUCCCCAAGUAAUAGCAUUCACCACAUUAAGGAUGGUCACUUUAUGCCAAAUACAGAGGUGUUUCUCAGCUCUCCUACAGAUCUUCCUCUGUCCUCUCUUGUAUCUCACUCUGUCUCAUCUUCAGCCAGCUCAUCUCAUGGUGUAGUAUAUAAGCAUGUCAGCAACAAUACCAAGUCAGGAAAAGAUAAAGACUUAGAAAGCAUAAUUGACUCUUUAGUUAUUGAAGUACCUAGAGAUUUGUCAGAUACUACAAGAGAAGGUGAACAUAGCACUAUCUGUAACAUCCCUUUGCCAUAUGAAGAAGGUUCCUUGUCCAGUGUGCUAGCUGCAAGUGCUGAAAAUGAAGAGGAAAUCUGUACUGCAGAGCUGUCACUUAAUAGAGAGGAUCAGUCAGAACCUCAAGAAUCAGAUUCCUCCGGAGAAGCACGAGACACAACAGAAGAACUGACUAGACUGUAUAUAGAGGAGGAUCUGGUACAUGACAAUUUAGAAUUCCCAAUAGCAAGUGGAGAAGAUUCUAUGGAUUGUUAUGAAGGAUAUACUUCACCAACUAUUGAUAAGGCACCUACUUCCCACUCCGUUCCUACAAUAUCCCUGUCUACUGCUUCCCUCUCAGCUCCUCUCCUCUCUAAACCCUUUCAUCAGCAGGAGAAAGACUCACUGCAGCUAAAGGCUAAUUUAAAGAGGGAGCUAUUUGUUAUGGGUAAACCUCCUCGUAGCCCAGUGAUGACUAAGAGAGCCUGCAGCUCACCUGUCAGAGGUCACAACUAUUCACACAGGCCACAGCGCCCUGUGCUUUCUCAUGAAAACAUACACGGUGGGGGGGAACCGUUUCAGGCUCUAUAUAACUAUACUCCUAGGAACGAAGAUGAAUUGGAGCUCAGAGAGGGAGAUGUCAUUGAUGUGAUGGAAAAAUGUGAUGAUGGAUGGUUUGUGGGAACCUCAAGAAGAACCAAAUUCUUUGGUACUUUCCCUGGAAACUAUGUCAAGAGGCUGUGAAAUUUUUUUUUUUCUACUUAUUUAUGCUGCAUCUCUGCAACACAUCUGCAUAAAGCUGCUAGAAAACAUGCUACGCUGGCCUUCUGUUUUCUUGCUUGCAGUGUCAAAUAGAGGCCAUCUAGUUCAUCCUCAUCCCAUCCCACCCGCCAAACCGUUCCAGCAGUAUUACAGCAACGACCACAGUGUGAAUAACUGAGCUUUUCUGAGACAAGAGGAAUCAUUUCAGCAUUUAAAUACUCCCUGCUUUAAAGUCUUUUCAUGCGAAACACAAUAGGAAAAGCCUAAUGACAGGUACACAAAUGAGUUGCCGUGGAGGGUAGGGGGGAAGGGGGGAUAAAUUGAUCUUGGUUUGAACAUUUGUUUGUACUACCAUGAAGUCUGGUGGGAUUUUUUCAGCAUGCAUGUAAUACAGAGGAAAGUUGCUGUUUACUAUUUUUUUUAAAAAUUGAUUUUACACAUUCUUAUUAGCUUGGCAGCAUUUGUUGCUUCCACAUUGCUGUGUCACGGGUUUGCCUAUUGUACUGGUUUACAAUGUAUGACAAACUAUAAUAUAGAUUUUCUUUGCCUGCACUUGUAUGCUGUAACAAAUGCACAGUGAUUGUAAAAUCUCAAGCAAGCAAAGUGAAAAAUGGAAGAACUGCAAGUGUUCUGAAUGGGUGCAAUGGUAUUGGCUAAAUCUUUUUUCUUUUUUUCCCUAAUGAAAAACUGUAGUAUACCUGUAGUGUUUUCUGUUAAAAAGUAAGAAGUGCAAAAGGCACAAAGACUUGGGGAAAGAGAAUUUAAGGAAGAGCAAGACAGUGCUGUAAGCAUAGACAAUAAUAACCUGCUAUUGAUGUCUGAUAUUAAAUGGUUGUAAUCAAAAUCUUGUAAUAGUAAGCAACAUGAAGUGUAAGAGGUUAGUGUUUUUACUUAUCAGGAAAUUAAAGAAGCAGGAACGUAACCAGUGUUAGUGCAAAGGAUUGUUGGAUUUUGGUUUUUUUCUUUCCUAACAUAGCCACCUGAAAAAUAUUCACAAGCAUCAUGUACUGAUUUAUUUCACUAUAUAUGUGUAUGUAUGUUAAUGAAACCCAAGUUACACAUUCUUUUUAGGAAUUUAGACAGCAAAAAAUGUCACAAGUAUUAAAACCAAUAUAUUUUAGAGGUGUUGGGUUUUGGUUUUUUGUCUGAAUGAACAAGUGUUUGAAAACAUACGUUUUCCAUAAGAAAAGGUAAGCAUAAAUAGCAAAUCAAAUUAAGGCACAGGAUGAUAAUCACUAUGGCUUUAUAAAAAUAAAAAUUUGGAUUUGGAUUUUUUGGCACCUUAUAGAUGGCAAAAGCUUCUGCUGCAUUUUUCAUGGGUAAAGGAUCAAAAUUAUCAAAAUGUAUGUAGUCUCUGUAGCAUUUUGUACAUAAUUUUGCGUUUUUGUACAGAGCCAUUUGGUUGUUGAUUUUUUAAAAAUUAAGUUUCUUAUUUGCCCUCUUCACAUACAGAACAUUUCGAUGCAUUUUUCUUUUCUUUCUCUGUUUACCAUAAUCACAUCUGGAUAGUGCAAUUCUGUAAGAUAGCCUUUUAUGCAAAAUUUUAUUAAUUAAAAUAUGGUUUACCAGCCAAAUCUAAAUGUACAUAUGUCUUUAUUACUGAGAAAGGUCAUUAAGGCAAAGGUAAAGAAACAUCUUUGUGCAGCAUACCUUUAUUAUUGCAGAUUUCAUGGCAAAAGCUUUAUAUUCAAAGGCUUUCAAUUUUAAACUAGAUCUGCAUGCAGCUUUGCUGUGAGAUUAAUACUAUCUUUGAUGCCAUUUAUGAUUGAGGACUUAAAUAUCUGUUGCCUGUGAUAUUUAAAAAGUACUGUUUCUACUCUGUAUCUGAUUUUAGAAAAAUGCAGGUUUUUCAUACCUGGCUUUCAGGUAACUGACUUUGAAUUCCUACAAGCAAAAGGUCUCUGUUGGUUUUUUUUCCUUGAAUAGACUUCUAAUAAAUUCUGCUUGGAGUACAAAA